AUGUUUGAAAAGAAGCAGUUGCGUAAUGGGAGAGUAUCUGAAUGGACCCGAGUGAGCAAAUUAAGUAACAAGUCUCUGGCAGCUCAUCCACCGAAAGCAGCUGCUGGAUACGCAGACCCUCCAGGUGAACAGGUGCCCCCGAGGUUUCCCCACCUCCCUCCCUUGCCCAGCGUUGAGCCCGACCCAGCGCACUCCAAGGACCUCAGAGACACUCUGCCCCCCCAGAAGCUGGAGCUGGUGGUGGCUCAGGUGAACCAGCCCAAAGGCAUUGCCCUCCAGUGGAACAUCAGCCGAGUGGACCCCCGGUGCGCCCCCAUCGAGAGCUUCUCCUUGUUCAUCUGCCUGGAGGACCUCGGCAGCGGGACCACCUCUGAGUGGAGGAGGACCAGCGUCCUCAAGGCCCUCCCUCUGCCCAUGGCCUGCUCGCUCUCCCAGUUCCCCCGCCCGGCCAGGUGCUACUUCACCAUGCAGUCCAAGGACAUUCACGGGCGCUACGGACCUUUUUGCGAGGUCCAGUCCAUCUCGGCUCUCUAAGGGAGCCAGCCUGCUUGGGGAGCGGCAGGACCCCCUCCCUAACCGGGCACAGCUUUUCCCAGAUUUUUUUUUUAGGGGCAUUAUUUUCCCAGCUCGUUGUGUUGAAAACACCCCCGGACAGUUGACCAUUUUUUCCUCCCGCACCAAGCUGGCAUCACCUGUGGGAGAACGUGAGAGAAAAGGCUCAGGAGGACGGCCUCCCACUC